UGAAAAGCUCCUCCUCAGUAAGGGAGGGUUCAGUUCAUCACGUGGGGCUUUUGUUCGUGAAAGGCCACAUUACUGUCUCUGUUAUUGCAUGAGCUGUGAGGAAUAACGGCGUUGUUUGGUUAUAUUACCGAAUGGAUGAGACUGAUUUAUUGAAUGAAUAAUGAAAAUGUCGAAACACGGAGGGUGGAUGUAUUUUAUUGCAACGUUCUCAAUUUGGAAUAUUACCGACGGGCAGAUUGUGUAUUCGGUAUCGGAGGAGGCUGAUCCGGGAACCACGGUGGGAAAUAUAGCGAAGGAUUUGAACCUAAAUCUUCAAGAAUUAGAACAUCGUGGGUUUCAGAUCGUUGCAGGCCUAAACAAAAGGUAUUUCAGUGUUAAUUUAAAAAGCGGUGUUCUUCUCGUCAAAGAGAGAAUAGACAGGGAACAGUUAUGCGGAAGGAGCAGCAAAUGCUCUCUGGAAUUAGAAGCUAUUGUUAACUCCCCCUUAAACAUGUAUCGACUGGAGGUGAAUGUUUUAGACAUAAACGAUAAUAUUCCUACUUUUAAGUCACCAAAGACAGAGUUAAAUAUCGCAGAAUCUGCCUUCCCGGGUGAGAGAUUUACAUUACCAAGUGCGUUUGACGCGGAUGUGGGCAGUAAUUCGGUGAAGAGCUACAAGCUCAGUCCGAAUGAACAUUUUUCUCUGGAUGUUCAGAGCGGAGGAGAACAGAGUGUGUCUGCUGAAUUAGUGCUGCAGAAAGCUUUAGACCGAGAGAAACAGCCUGUUAUCCAGCUCGUACUGACCGCUAUAGAUGGAGGAAAACCUCCAAAAUCAGGAACAACACACAUUAUUAUAAAUGUUGAGGAUGCAAACGAUAACAUCCCAGUAUUUAGCAAAUCUCUUUACAAAAUAAGAAUUAUGGAAAAUGCGCCCCCCGGCACCUCUGUUGUCACGGUCCAUGCUAGUGACGCUGACGAAGGUUUGAAUGGAGAAAUCAUUUAUUCAUUUAUACGCAGUGAUGAUGAUGACAAUAUUGCCAACGCUUUUACCAUUGAUUCUGUCAGUGGCAUAAUUUCUAUUAAAGGGAAUAUUGAUUACGAAGCAAGGAAUGCCGUAGAAAUUCGUGUCCAAGCAAAAGAUAAAGGCCCGAAACCAAGGGCUGCUCAUUGUAAAGUUUUAGUUGAAAUCGUUGAUGUUAAUGAUAAUGUACCUGAAAUUUCUGUAACAUCUCUUGCUGAAACAGUGAGAGAGGACGCUGCUACUGGUACAAUGGUGGGAUUGAUCACCGUGAAAGACGAAGACGCCGGAAAAAACGGUGCAGUUGUUCUUAAGAUAUGCGAUUCUGCACCUUUUCGUAUACAGAAUACUUAUAAGAAUAAAUACUCUCUGGUUGUAGACGGUCCUCUGGACAGAGAGCGCGCGGCUGAGCAUAACGUGACUAUCUCAGCUACUGAUGAAGGGACUCCGCCUCUCUCUAGCACCAGUGUCAUUACUGUACACGUUUCUGAUGUGAAUGAUAACGCGCCGCGCUUUCCAGAGCCCGUCAUUAAUGUUUAUGUGAAAGAGAACAGUCAGAUUGGAGCCGUUAUUCAUACAGUAUCUGCUUUUGAUCCUGAUGUAGGUGAUAAUGCUCGGAUAACAUAUGCUUUACUAGAAAGCUCGAAAAGCGGCCCUGUAACAUCCAUGAUCAACAUGAACUCUGAUAGUGGAGAUAUACACAGUUUACAGUCAUUUAACUACGAGGAGACAAAAACGUUUGAGUUCAAAGUUCAGGCCACAGACUCUGGUGUUCCUCCGCUCAGCAGUAACGUGACUGUCAAUGUUUUUAUCCUGGAUGAGAAUGACAACAGUCCCGGGAUUCUCGCGCCCUAUUCCGAGCUCGGUUCCGUUAACACAGAGAACAUUCCCUAUUCUGCUGAUGCGGGUUACUUUGUGGCCAAGAUAAGGGCUGUAGAUGUAGAUUCUGGUUACAAUGCGCUGCUGUCUUACCACAUCUCUGAACCCAAAGGAAACAAUCUGUUCCGAAUCGGAACCAGCAGCGGGGAGAUCAGGACUAAGAGGAGAAUGAGUGACAAUGACCUGAAAACUCACCCGCUGGUCAUUUUGGUUUGUGAUAACGGAGAGCCCUCACUGUCAGCGACUGUGUCUAUUGAUGUUGUGGUUGUUGAAAGCGCAGGUGAUGUCAAGACUCCAUUCAGACACGCGCCGAUAAAGGAGGAGAGUUUCUCGGAUUUAAAUCUGUAUUUGCUGAUCGCCAUUGUGUGCGUGUCCGUCAUCUUUUUCCUGAGUCUCAUCAGUUUGAUAGCUGUAAAAUGCCACAGGACAGACAGCAGUUUGGGCAGGUACAGCGCCCCGAUGAUCACCACUCACCCUGACGGGAGCUGGUCUUACUCCAAAUCUACUCAGCAGUAUGACGUGUGUUUUAACUCGGACACACUGAAGAGUGACGUAGUGGUUUUCCCUGCGCCAUUUCCGCCUGCAGAUGCAGAACUGAUCAGUAUUAAUGGAGGAGACACUUUUACCAGAACACAAACACUUCCUAAUAAAGAAAAGAGGUCACCAUCAGUCCGUGGUUAA